CGUGACUUUGAUGUCGGUAAUGAUCCCGGCCCUCAUCAUCUAUGUCAACGACCUUCCUCCUUCUAAUGUUAUGGUUGGCGAAAAAGGAGGAGAGUAUUUCGAGAAAGUGUAUCUGAAGCCGUGGAGUCGUGCCGGACCGUGGGUGGUAGGGAUAUGGCUGGGUUACAUCUUUCACAAACAAGGCAAGGAGAGGUUCGUCCUUAAACAGUGGCAGGUUGUGGCUGGCUGGAGUUUGUCAACGAUCGCAGCUCUGCUUGUUCAGUUUGGAAUGUAUAGCUAUAACAUUAUUCCAGCUAAAGCAAUGUAUGAGAUCGUGACUCAAGUUACGUAUGGCGGCUUCCAAAGAAGUGUAUGGGCGGCAUGUUUGGCUUGGAUAGUCUUUGCCUGCCACAACGGCUAUGGAGGGUUUGUGGAUGGAAUUCUUUCCCACCCUGUUUGGCAGCCUUUGAGCCGCCUUACCUAUAGCCUUUACCUUGUCGCUCUCCCCAUGCAGAGUGCUAUUACGUUUACCGCCAGGACACAUUUCGUAUUUUCUUAUAUUAGUAAGAUUUUCGAGACUACAGGUGCAAUGUUCAUAUCAGGUGUUGUGGCUGUGCUAGUUUCUCUGUCAGCAGAGUCCCCUGUCCUCGGCCUGGAGAAAUUGCUGUUAAAACGGCCUGCUCGGAGUGUCGAUCGAAAGGUUGCCAAGACAACAGACAGACUCCUGCCAGAAGACCAGAUUGACACUAUGUGCAAGAAGGAUUCAAGUGCAGGUGAUAUUGAAAUGGAUAUUAAAGGAAAUGACAAUAAAUCCUUUGCCACUGAGGUGGAUACUAAUUUGUAGUUCUAGUUACAUGAUUGUAAUUCAUAUUUGAAAGAGAAUAAAUCAAAAUGAUUGAAAGGGACCAAUAUUGUACACUCGUGUUUUAUGAUUAUGAAGUUUAGGUAUUAAAUGGUACCGAGGAAUCAAAUAUGUAUAUACAGCAAGCUCAAUGAGCAAAGUUAGUUCUGAGCUCAAUACUUGUCUGUGAAUUGCUGUGUGAAUAAAGUUUCUGUAAUUGUCAAAA